CGCACCACUAGUUCGGACAGGCGACCCUGUUCCGGUAUGUGACGGAAAAAGCCGAAGAAUCCCUCAGAGAAAACAGACCGAGAACAGCGGUUCAGAUGGAGGAAACCUGCACCGCAGCGGGCUCACUGAUCUCUCCUCAGCAGUUUAACAUCACAGGCAGAAGGAAGGUGGUUUGUGAAGUGUUUUUAAGCAGAAGAAGCUCGCAGUCCGCUUCAGAAGAUCCGUGUGUGACAUGUUUGCUCCUUUUUCAUGCGUGAAAGUAGGCCUAUAAAAACUUAGAGGCGCAACAUGGGGUGAAUGUGACUUUGAGGAGGAUGCUGAUCCGUUGACGAAAGAGUGACGUGACCAAACUCACAGGUAACCAUGGUGAAGGAGAGUUUGCCCAGCUGGGUCCGACAGGACUCUGACGAGGCUCUUGUCCACGUGAACGUCGGCGGUCUGAAGAGGAGUCUCUGCUCCAGCACGCUGAAGAAGUUCCCAGACACCAGAUUGGGGAAACUGCUGUCGUGUGAUUCAGAGGAGGAUAUACUGCAGGUGUGUGACGACUAUGACGUGCAGCAGAAGGAGUUUUAUUUUGAUAGGAAUCCCGGCCUGUUCCCUUACGUCCUCCACUUUUACCAGACGGGCAAACUUCAUAUCAUGGAGGAGCUGUGUGUCUUCUCUUUCAGUCAGGAGAUCGAGUACUGGGGCAUCAAUGAGUUCUUCCUGGACAGUUGCUGUAGUUACCGUUACCACGACCGCAAGCUGGAGAGCAGCCGGCAUCACAGCUGGGACGACGAGAGCGACGUCAGCAGCGUCGACACAUCUGUGGACGAGAUAUCUGACCUAAACAGGGAAAUGCUACAUUUCCAGAAGGUGCGUUAUGGGAACGUCAGGAAGUGUCUAUGGCUGACGCUGGAGAACCCGGGAUACUCUAUCCCCAGCAAGCUCUUCAGUCUGGUCUCUAUUGGGGUGGUGCUCACAUCCAUCGCCACCAUGUGUAUUAACAGCAUCCCGGAGUAUCAGACAUUUAACGAUGAAGGGAAGUUGAUGGAGGACCCGACCAUGCAGGCUCUGGAGGUGUUCUGCAUCUGCUGGUUCAACUUCGAGGUGGUGUCGCGGCUGCUGCUUUCCCCGAACAGGAGAAAGUUCUUCCAUCACCCUCUGAACAUCAUCGACAUGGUGUCGGUGGCUCCCAUCUACAUCACGCUGCUCUUUGACUUGACUUUGGGAUCAGAGUCUGAACUGGGAAAUUUGGGACGACUCAUACAGGUGUUCAGGUUAAUGAGGAUCUUCAGGGUUUUGAAGUUGGCCCGACACUCGACAGGACUUCGGUCCCUGGGAGCGACACUUCGGCACAGUUACCGUGAGGUUGGCAUCCUGCUGCUGUACCUCGGGGUCGGAGUGUCCGUCUUCUCGGGUAUCGCGUACACCGCCGAAUACGAAGAGGAUGUGGGUCUGGACACCAUCCCGGCCUGCUGGUGGUGGGGGACGGUGAGCAUGACGACGGUGGGCUACGGCGACGUGGUGCCCGUUACGGUGGCCGGGAAGCUGGCGGCCAGCGGCUGCAUCCUGGGCGGCACCCUGGUGGUGGCGCUGCCCAUCACCAUCAUCUUCAACAAGUUCUCCCACUUCUACCGGAGACAGAAAGCCCUGGAGGCCUCGGUGAGGAACAACCACCGCAGGAAGAUGAGGAUGAGCUGCGAUAACGAGCCGGAGGAGGAAGAGGAGGAGGACGAGGAAGAGGAGGGGUCAGACGGGGACAGGAGGUGUCUGGACGAUGAUGAUACUGAUGGCGUGGAGGAGGGCGAUGUAGACCACGAGGAUGAUGGAGGUGUGAUCAACUACAGCUACGUGGAGCAUCCGUCCUACUCGUCCAUACUGAAGAGGAAGGAGCAGCUGUGAGGAGAUGAACGCUCACGCUGGAGAUUACAACAUAACAUUAAAACCAUAGACUGUAAGAAUAAUGCACGUAGCAUCCGGGAUGUCGCCCGUUGGUUAGUGGACUGCCAGUUUGAUGCUUCGAGUUUAGCGAUAAAGGCAUACAUUGUUUUCUUGCAACCGGAUAUUACGAUGGGCGGAGCUUCGAGGGGAGGACACGCGGCAAGUUCAGGUCUAAUUUAAUGUCCACAGUGUUAGCAUGACUGAGCCUCUGUCCCGACUGUCAGGUCCUGCAACUAACGAUUAGUUUCUUUGUUGAUUAAUCUGUAGAUUAUUUUCUGGAUUAAUGGAUUAGUUGUUUGGAAAAUGGUUAAAAAUGUGUUUCCCAAAGCCCAAGACAACAUCCUCAAAUGUCUCGUUUUGUCCACAACUGAAAAGAUAUUCAUUUUACUGUCACAGACGAGAGAAGAAACUAGAAAAUAUUCACAUUUAACAAGCUGCAAUCAGAGAAAAUUUACUUUUUUCUCAUAGAAAAUGCUUAUAUCCGAUCAAUCAACCAUCAAAAUAGUUCUUUGCAGCUCUAGUUGUCAUGUGUCUGUGCAUGUUUGGGUGUUUCAGGAUGGAGGAUUGUUACUAAUGGAUGUGUUGCUCUGAUAAAAACACAAAGGUGAAGAAUCACAAUGGGACAAAAAGGCCUGAGCUCAAAGGCCUGCAGCUCUGUAGCAACGAUGAAUUGAACUACUUCCAGGACUGAACGCAUCCAAAUGAAAUAAAAAAUAUAUGAAAUGUGUGAAAGUACUUCUGUGGAAGGAGAAGAGAUAUUUAAAGAAGCAACCACUCUAUAAAGGAAAAACAUCGCUGCACUGAACUCUAUGCUCUUUAAUACUUUACUCGAGUAUUUCAUUUUCUG